AUGAAUGUUCUUCGAUCCCGAUCUGCUCUUCCUCGUCCCGCUCGACUCCUCCAAUCUACCUCCGCUCUCACCAGAAGAGGAUACGCAUCCAAAGAUGUCAUUUUUGGAAAUGACGCUAGACAAGGAAUGUUAAGAGGUGUCGAUAUCUUAGCUAAAGCAGUCAGCGCUACUCUUGGCCCCAAAGGCCGAACAGUCAUCAUCGGCCAAAGUUUCGGUGGACCAAAAAUCACCAAAGAUGGUGUAUCUGUAGCUAAAUCAAUCACACUCAAAGAUCCAGUAGAAAACCUUGGUGCUCGUCUCGUACAAGACGUCGCUUCAAAGACCAAUGACACUGCCGGUGACGGUACCACCACCGCUACCGUCCUCGCUAGAGCUAUCUAUGCCGAAGGUGUAAAGAACGUCGCUGCUGGUUGUAACCCCAUGGAUCUCAGACGAGGUGCUCAAAAAGCCGUAGAAAAGGUUCUCGAGGUUCUCGAGGCUAAUAAGAGAGUCAUCACCACCAGUGAAGAGAUUGCACAAGUCGCAACCAUCUCCGCUAACGGUGACACUCACAUCGGUGCCAUCAUCGCUCAAGCUAUGGAGAAAGUCGGUAAAGAAGGUGUCAUAACCGUAAAAGAAGGUAGAACCAUCGAAGAUGAGAUUGAGAUUACCGAGGGUAUGAGAUUCGAUCGAGGCUUCCUUUCACCAUACCUUAUCACCGAUGCCAAAAACCAAAAAGUUGAAUUAGAGAAACCAUUUGUACUCCUAUCUGAAAAGAAAAUCUCUGCUCUUCAAGAUAUUCUUCCUUCCCUUGAAAUCGCCGCUCAAACUCGACGACCCCUUUUGAUCAUCGCUGAAGAUGUUGAUGGAGAAGCAUUGGCUGCUAUCAUCCUCAACAAACUUCGAGGUCAAAUCUCCGUCGCUGCCGUCAAAGCACCAGGUUUCGGUGAUAACAGAAAAUCAAUCCUUGGCGAUAUCGCUAUCCUCACUGGAGGUACAGUGUUCUCCGAUGAACUUGAUGUAAAACUCGAUAAAGCUACCCCAGAUCUUUUCGGUUCAACCGGUUCAGUCACCAUAACCAAAGAAGAUACCAUCAUCCUUAAUGGUGAAGGUGAUAAAUCUCAUAUUCAAGCUAGAUGUGAACAAAUCAGAGGUGUCAUCAACGACGCUACUACAAGCGAUUACGACAGAACUAAACUGCAAGAGCGAUUGGCUAAACUCGGUGGUGGUGUUGCCGUCAUCAAAGUUGGCGGUACUUCUGAAGUUGAAGUUGGAGAGAAAAAGGACAGAUACGAUGAUGCUCUUAAUGCUACCCGAGCAGCUGUUGAAGAGGGUAUUGUACCAGGAGGUGGAACCGCUUUAUUGAAAGCAUCUAUCCAACUUGACUCACUCAACCUUGAGAACUUUGACCAAAAGCUCGGUGUAUCAAUGAUCAAACAAGCUAUUCGACGACCCGCUCGAACCAUCGUCGAGAACGCCGGUGAAGAAGGUUCAGUCGUAGUCGGAAAGUUAUUAUCUGAAGAAUUCUCCUCAUCUGAUAAAUUCAACUGGGGUUAUGACGCUGCUACUUCACAAUACAGAGAUAUGAUCUCUGCUGGUAUCCUUGAUCCUUUGAAGGUAGUCAGAACAGCUCUUGUAGACGCAUCGGGAGUAGCAAGUCUUUUGACCACUUCAGAAGCUUGUGUAGUAGAUGCUGAAGAGAAGAACCCACCACCAGGAAUGGGAAUGGGAGGUAUGCCAGGAAUGGGCGGCGGCAUGGGUGGAAUGAUGUAG